CUUGCCAAUGGCACUUCCAGUAUGAUUGUGCCCAAGCAAAGAAAACUGUCUGCAAGCUAUGAGAAGGAGAAGGAACUCUGCGUCAAGUAUUUUGAACAGUGGUCCGAGUCUGACCAGGUGGAGUUUGUGGAGCACCUCAUAUCCCAGAUGUGUCACUACCAGCACGGACAUAUAAACUCAUACCUCAAACCCAUGUUACAGCGGGACUUCAUCACUGCACUGCCAGCUCGGGGAUUGGACCACAUUGCUGAGAACAUUCUGUCAUACCUGGAUGCCAAAUCAUUGUGUGCUGCUGAGCUGGUGUGCAAGGAGUGGUACCGGGUGACGUCGGAUGGCAUGCUGUGGAAGAAGCUCAUCGAGAGAAUGGUCAGGACAGACUCGCUGUGGAGGGGGUUGUCAGAGAGGAGAGGAUGGGGACAAUAUCUAUUUAAAAAUAAACCUCCUGAUGGGACUGCACCACCCAACUCGUUCUACAGAGCACUUUACCCCAAAAUUAUACAGGACAUAGAGACAAUAGAGUCAAACUGGCGGUGUGGAAGGCACAGUUUACAGAGGAUCCAUUGCCGAAGCGAGACAAGCAAAGGGGUUUAUUGUUUACAAUAUGAUGAUCAGAAGAUAGUAAGUGGCCUACGAGACAAUACUAUUAAGAUCUGGGAUAAGAAUACAUUGGAAUGCAAGCGAAUUCUCACCGGACAUACGGGUUCCGUCCUGUGCCUCCAGUACGAUGAACGGGUGAUCAUUACUGGAUCUUCUGACUCAACAGUCAGGGUGUGGGACGUGAAUGCAGGCGAGAUGCUGAAUACGCUGAUUCACCACUGUGAAGCAGUACUGCACCUCCGCUUCAAUAAUGGCAUGAUGGUGACAUGCUCCAAAGACCGUUCCAUUGCUGUGUGGGACAUGGCUUCACCAACAGACAUCACCUUGAGGAGGGUGCUAGUAGGGCACCGAGCUGCCGUCAAUGUAGUGGACUUUGAUGACAAGUACAUUGUAUCAGCAUCAGGUGACAGAACUAUAAAGGUAUGGAACACUAGUACCUGCGAAUUUGUGCGCACCUUAAAUGGCCACAAACGAGGCAUUGCAUGUCUGCAGUACAGAGACAGGCUAGUAGUGAGCGGCUCUUCAGAUAAUACUAUCAGGCUGUGGGAUAUCGAGUGUGGGGCAUGUUUACGAGUACUGGAAGGCCAUGAAGAGUUGGUGAGAUGCAUACGCUUUGAUAACAAGAGGAUAGUCAGCGGGGCAUAUGAUGGAAAAAUUAAAGUGUGGGAUCUUGUGGCUGCUUUGGACCCCCGUGCUCCAGCAGGGACCCUCUGCUUGCGAACACUUGUGGAGCAUUCUGGAAGAGUCUUUCGACUUCAGUUUGACGAGUUCCAGAUCGUCAGCAGCUCACACGAUGACACCAUCCUCAUCUGGGAUUUUCUGAAUGACCCAGCUGCCCAAGCAGAAUCCACUCGUUCCCCGUCCAGAACAUACACCUACAUCUCAAGAUAAAUAACACUACAUUGUACCUCACACUCGCACAGGUAAUAAAAAAUUAAAAAAA